AGAUUAGGGGUCGGUUGGAGCAGGACUGUGUUGUGACGCCACCUUUGCUUGUACAAGGCCUGGAUAGUUGGGUGUAGAGAGCAGAUCAGGGUUGGUUGGAGCAGGACUGUGUUGUGACGCCACCUUUGCUUGUAGAAGGCCUGGAUAGUUGGGUGUAGAGAGCAGAUUAGGGGUUGGUUGGAGCAGGACUGUGUUGUGACGCCACCUUUGCUUGUAGAAGGCCUGGAUAGUUGGGUGUAGAGAGCAGAUCAGGGUUGGUUGGAGCAGGACUGUGUUGUGACGCCACCUUUGCUUGUAGAAGGCCUGGAUAGUUGGGUGUAGAGAGCAGAUUAGGGGUUGGUUGGAGCAGGACUGUGUUGUGACGCCACCUUUGCUUGUAGAAGGCCUGGAUAGUUGGGUGUAGAGAGCAGAUCAGGGUUGGUUGGAGCAGGACUGUGUUGUGACGCCACAGUUGCUUAUAGAACGCCUGGAUAGUUGGGUGUAGAGAGCAGAUCAGGGUUGGUUGGAGCAGGACUGUGUUGUGACGCCACAGUUGCUUAUAGAACGCCUGGAUAGUUGGGUGUAUCUUGUUAUCACAAACCAUGCCUGUGGAGACUACGCAUUGGAACAGGGAUACUUUGUUGACGUUUACGCAAAUCCGAGUGAACUCCGAAGCCAACGCCAGGCGUAUCACAUGUGUAGAACAGUGCUUUGGGACGGCUGGUCAGCCGCUAGCCGUCCCUGGUCGUGUGCUGGUCGGAGAGGGUGUGCUCACCAAGAUGUGUCGCAGGAAGCCCAAGUCCAGGCAGUUCUUCCUCUUCAAUGACGUCCUCGUCUAUGGAAAUAUACUCAUUCAUAAGAAAAAGUACAACAAACAGCACAUCAUCCCACUGGAGGACAUCAAGCUGGACAACGUGGAGGAUGAAGGAGAGCUGCACAACGGCUGGAACGUUAUCAGUCCACAGAAGUCCUUCACAGUGUACGCAGCGACGGUCACGGAGAAGAAGGAAUGGAUGGCUCACAUCCGGAAGUGUGUCAACGAUCUGCUUGUAAAGCGCGGUAUUACCCAGACUUCCAGGGACGACUCCCCGGUGUGGGUGCCGGACUCCGAGGCCAGGACCUGCAUGCACUGCCGCAAGUCGGAAUUCUCCAUUGUCAACAGAAGGCAUCACUGUCGGAAGUGUGGCAUCUUGGUGUGCAACGCCUGCUCAAACAAGCGACUGAUGAUGCCGCAGCAGUCGUCAAAGCCGCUGCGAGUGUGCCUCACGUGCUACCACCAGAUGUCCAACUCUGCCGAGGGAAGGAACAGCACAGUGGGAGUGCCGGACCAGGCUCGCCUCAACGAUUCAUCAGGAGAGGAAUCAUCAGAUGAUGACGAUGAGUCUGGGGCUUUGUCAAACCAGAAUCAGUUUCAAACAUACGGAAGCGAAUAGUCCCAGCAACGGCACAAAAAGGACAAAUAUAUUUUUGUGACACAACAAUCCAGUGCAGGUUUAGCCUGAUGGAUCUCCUUUUACACCGUGCAGCAGCUGUAGAAUAAGUACUAUUUUCCUGCCUACUUGUCACAACCAGGCUUUGGGCAACAGUAGAGAUAAAACACUGUCUUGGUUUUAUCACAACAUGUAGUGGGUAUUACUUAGGUAUCUGACAGACUUUCAAGUGGCUUGUUUGAUUGUUGUGGAGAAAUAUAUGCUUCAACGUUUGUAUUUAACUUAUUGAAUCAACAAAUGAUUGAUAGUUUGAAGGUGUGUAGUCUUGUACUGCUGAACAGUGAAAAGCUUGCAGAUGUUGCUGACAGUGGAUACCAGGAGUUACCAGGAUUUGCCGGGAUUUGCCAGGAUUUACCAGGAUUUGCCAGGAUUUGCCAGGAGUUACCAGGAUUUGCCAGGAGUUACCAGAUUCACCUGACAGGCAUUCAAGUACCUUUAGAAUUCAAGAACACUUGAAUAUGAACUAUUUGGAAGACCUUGAAGUUCCAACAAUAUAUCUGAUUAUUGUAUAUUUAACUUUGUAUCAGUUGUUAACGAUGUAUAUGUAUUUGUCAUUAUAGGUAUGGAAAUACAAGGGGCACAAAGUUGGUGAUCAAAUUGUUGUUUAUGCUUUGGAUUUGACAUCAUGUUAAUCAAAGCAACACAGUAUGUCAAGCUAACUUCCUCAUGAGGUGUGGCAAAACAGCGUUAAACCCAACUCACGAACUCACUCCCGAGUUGUGGUCAGUUGGGCCGGUAGACAGUGCUGUUGAUAUCACAUUAAGGUUCACUUCCCCCGUUGAAGAAGACAAACCAGUUGUGUUUACCAUCUUCAAUAUGGCUAAGGGUAAGAAAUGGUGGGUAGAUAAUAAAAUGUUUUCUAAUAUAUUACCACAUAUGUACAGUGUGUGAAAGGUGAAUUAUAGUUAUUUGGCCUGGCUGGAAACUAACAGUAGUCCUGUUGGAACGGAUGUGGGUCUCAUGACAGAUGUGAAAUACUCGGUAUGACUCAGUCAGGCAGGUGUUUUCUUCACCUGUCUAGAGCUGCACAGAGAUAGCUGAGUCGGCAAGAAUGUAACCAUGGCGUAUUGAUAGAAUAGUCUGUAGGGAACCUUACAAGGAAGUAAGUUAUUUAACUUUAAAUGGCUUUGCUGUAUAUGUGUACAGAAUAUAUGUUCCAACACUAAGGAUUUCAUCGCUUGGUGAUCUUUAUACAUGAAGUUAUGUUUUGCCCUUGAACUGUUUUUCAUGUGACCCAUCCUUGCUGUGUACAAAAAUCAUACAAGAGUUACCUGCCCUUGCUGUGUACAAAAAUCAUACAAGAGUUACCUGCCCUUGAUGUGGACAGAAAUCUGAUUAGAGUUACCUGCCCUUGCUGUGGCCAGAUGUAGAAUUAGCUUUACCCUCCCCUACUUGUUGCAAUGCCUUUUUAUGUAGAAACGUCUGAACAAAUUACUUGCCCUUGAUGUGUUAAAAAGAAAGGAAAAGGAAUGGAAAAUGAAUUGGAUGGAAAAGAGACACAAAACACUGUAUUUUGGUUGUUUUAGACAUGUCCUUAUUAAUUAAAAGUUGUCAUAAAUAAACGAUCUGGGUCUCCAAGUGGUGCUGGGGUGAUGGGAAGUGGUUAGUGCAUGUCAAGGACACAGGUGAACUUCACAACAUGGGUACAAUGUGUAAGGCCCACUCUUGCCGCCAUGUUGCUGGAUUAGAAGUGGCACAAGGCCCGUCUCACUCUCUCUGAUUGCUGCAGACUAUGCCAGAAUACUGUUCAGUUCAGGAACAUAAGUCUGACUGACCAAAUGGAUGUAGUAUUUUGAAUUUUUUUGUGCACAUUGUACCCAUGACAUGAAGUGAACGAACACAGUGUCGGACUCACAGUCAACUUGCUCUUUGUCUGAAAGCAUCGUACAUCUUUUCCUUUCGCGUAAGUUCAAGUCAGCUAUCUGAAAAUGUUCAUCACUGAAUAGAUGUUGAAAUGUUGUAUGAACCAUGAAGAAUAAUGGCUGCAUACUUCUGUGACCUUCUGUGUUCUCGCUUUGGCUUUUCGUAAAUGAAAUACGAGACUUAAUACAUCUACUGUUUCAUGUUAUUUUCAAGACUUUUAUACGUACAUACCAUAUCAGAGUAAUAUGUCAUGUGACAUCAUUUGUACAAUGUUCAUGUAGGAGUCUAAAUGAGAAACAAGUAAAAACCCAGUGGAAUUAUUCCUAUUUUUUACUUAUCCUCCAUUACUCCUUAAUGCAUUUACCGUUUACCUUGCGACAACAACCACCAAAUAAAGUUGGAGAGCCAAGCGAGACACGUCCCUGCAGGUCGGUGACAAGCAGUAAUAUGACCUUGUGUGACAUAUCAUCAAGGUCACAUGACAGCAGGAUGGUCCUACAAAAAGCGGGAUUUGAGAUGGAAACAGCUUUUUUUCUCUUUCACCCAGGACCAUCGCUAGGUUCUGUCGUAGGUUAAGCAGUAAAUGCAGGAUAAAAAAGCAAAUGUGAAAAAUAUAAGGAUUUUACGAAAAUUGUUGAGAAAUAAACAAAUGUGUUUGAGUUCGUAUUCAUGCAAGUCAUUACAAUUUUCAAUGCAGCACUAUAAAACUUGGACUCUUUUAGCACCAACCAAAAAUGAAAUUGGAUCGUGGAAUAUAUUAGAUAUAUUGUUUGGAUUCUUCUCAUCCACUUCGUCCCAUCAACCACUGGUGUAGAUGUAGAAUAAUGAAAAAAUAUUAUAUUUAAUCUUAUCCUGCCUCCUACACAUGCAUUAGUAUGAGUCAGGAUAAGUAUAAAUGAUAUUUUUACUCUAAAAACUACACUUUUAUCCAAUAAUUGCUAAUGAAGAUGCAAAGUCAGUUUAUGAGAAUCAGUCUAUAUUAAGUUCAUUGCUUACUGGUUUAGAGUACAAGAUGUGGUGAUUGUUUUUGAAAGAUUUAUACUGCAGCAAAUAUUGUAUGACCUUAAUGCAGCAACUUGAUACUGGAUGCAUGACUGCAGCCCACGUCCAGCUGCUUGUGCCUUAUCCUCUCACGGUGGAGUCGUGUGUCGUCAAAUGGCAUCUGUUGGGCUCCAGAUGGGUCAGCUAUUGAUCUUAACAGGAGUUAGUUGUAAGGUAGUGGCAUGGGUUAUGUCCCUUUGUAGUACCUGGAUCUGCUGGACAUUCACUCAGGUUCAGCAUGUAGUGAACAUCUAGGACCUGCGUCCGAUCCACUUCUCCCAGGUUAGAAUGAGACGCUGAAGUGCUGCUCACUGCAGUGUUGAACACAUCUCACUCCUGGUUGAUAGAAGGAAGAGUUGCGUCCCCUCCCUGGAGCUGCAGCAAUCAGAUCACAUAUCUCACUCUAUAAUUCCUGCAGUCAUAUAGCUUCAGUAUUGCUGAAAGUGGCAUAAAACCAUACUCACUCACUCACUCACUCACUCACUCACUCACUCACUCACUCACACACCCACCCACCCACUCACUCACUCACUCACUCACUCACUCACUCACUCACUCACUCACUCACUCUUUAAGUCUUCAAGCACUGUACAUUCACUAGUGUCUGUAUUAUGCCACAAUAACUUAAUUAUUACAUUUUCUUCCAAGUUAGGGGAUUGGGUGCCGUUGUACAAAACCAUCUUAGCACUACGACUGUCGUAAGUCUAUGUUAAGGUAUGGGAGUUACGAUCACCUUAGCGCUAAGAUCGCUUUCUACAACAGCACCCUGACCACUGAAUGUUAUGGAGGGGGACUGGGUUUUGUAAGAGUAUUUUUUUCCGGUCACAGCUUCAGGUCAGUUAUUGAAAGGAGCCUAUCAAUUUUGGGGGACCCUCAAAUUUUUCAGUGCGGUCGGGUAGCCUAGUGGUUAAAGCGUUCGCUCGUCAACGCCGAAGACCCGGGUUCGAUUCCCAACAUGGGUACAAUGUGUGAAGCCCAUUUCUGGUUUCCCCCGACGUGAUAUUGCUGGAAUAUUGCUAAAAGCGGCGUAAAAUCAAAUUCACUCACUCACUCAAAUUUUUCAGGACACCUGGUGAACAAAUGAGGCCAAUUUAUUUUUUUGGAUUUGUUUUUUUAAAACAAAUCCAAUAUCUCCCCAAAAUUGAAUGCUCCAUCCCAAACUGAAAGGGGUUAUUUGUUAUGCAUCAUUUGUCCAGAUAUGUACCGGUAAAUCAAAAAGCUGUGACCUGUCACAAGCUCUGGCUGGGAAGAAAGUCUCAUUAUUAACUUGUUGUGGCCUUAUGGUAGGGGCUAUGAUCUCAUAUCACCCAGGGCUCCAUGUCCUGAGGUUGUGGAUAGUUCAGUGAUUGGUCGUAUGGCAUUAUUUCCUUAUAAGGUUGCCUCUGUCGGCGAUGUAUCAUUGUUUCCUACAGGAAGGAGGUAGCCAGCCACGUGUGGACAUUGUAGUCACUGUAGCCCCUGUUCACCUCGCACAAUGAAUCAUAUAUGUCAUCAUCUUACACUCAGUCAUGAUCAAAAUAUAUCAACUUUCUCAUCUGUAGUUUAGAGUUUUGUAAGUGAAAUUGUUUCGUAUUUGUUUCCUUGUGUUUUGUAUUUUGAUACUUGAAUACAACUUUUGUACAUGUCGUGUAUGUAUUGGCUAACAUCACACAAAUUUUGGUGCAAGGUAUCCUUUGGAGUUCAGUGGAGUCUGUUGAGAAGACAAAUGUAUUUCAGUCUUACUCAAGCCAAAGUAUCCCUGUAUAUAAAACAAUUGUAUUUACACUGAAAUCUGAGGAAUGCCUCUGAAGACGUGUCACCGGUCAUCUAAAGAUUCUAAAUAAUCUCCAAUGAAUAUUUUAUUCUUAAACCAACUGAGAAUACCUAAUGUGUACACAACUUUUUGUCACUGAAAGACUGGAUGACUUCCCCUAAAGUUGUGCAUGUCUGCAACUGUUUGUUGUGGCUUAAAAAUAAGAGAAUUGGUUCUCAGGCAAUGACUUCGGAAAAUAUAGUGUUGGUGGAUGGUAGAUUUUGCUGUUGUUGCUUGCUCAAACUUUUAUGUAACCAAAUAAACAGUUGUGUACCAUCAACCUGGGAAAGGGCCUCCCUACAUAUACAAGCAUACAAACUCUAUUGCCACCAUGACCAUAACACGAGAUGCACAGUACAGCAGUGCGCAUGUAAAGGGAAGUAACUGUGUGGUAUUUGGAUCGCAUUGUUUUUAAGUAUUAAGAUUUCUAAAUAUUUUUUGAAAAUGGAAAUAAAAACAAAAUAUGCAGCAGACUUUAUGAUGAUGUGGGCAGUGCCUGUGAAUCGACUAUUAUUUUUCCAGUCUGUACUGUCAAAAUUUAUCAAGAGCUAUGCAUGGAUGAUUCAGACAGUAUUUGUGCUCAGAGAAUUGCAAUCCCAUGUUAGCUGUAUGGAAGCCAUAUUGAAAAACGCAUUUUGGCCCAUGACCCAGGAGUCAGAAUGUGUAUCAAAUAUCUGAUUUGAUCAUGCAGUAAAUGAGAACAAUAUACUCAUCGGAGGAAAUAAGUGAACAGUUCUGACAUGUGUUGAGCAGGCAGUUUAUGAAGUGAAAAUUAUUAAAAUUAAGAUUUUUUGUUUCUCAGUAACACCCACUCCUAUAAUUGACCCAACCCAAAAUAUCUUUUUUGGUUUUAAGAAACAACUUUUUAUACUCAAAUUUCGUUUUGGCACUUGAUUCCAACUUUUUGCAUGCACCAUGCAAUGGCGACCAUGGACACCCUAUUCAGUCAGUUUUAAAAAGUAUCAUGAGGAACAUGAAUGAAAAAAGGAUUUUUUUAGCUGACCUUGACAUUAUUCAGCAAUAUGGCUCAACGGUUCCUUUAGAUAUACCAUCUGUGUAUGUUGUAGGUUUUUUCAAAUGUAAUUGAUAUCUACAUUGAUGCAAUUUUGAUGUAUAUGCAUGAUAGGAAAUUUUCAAGUUGUUACAAAUGUGAUCGCUUCCGAUACUUUUGCAAGUUCACAAGAACCAAUGUUGCACCUUGGUCAUUCAUUCCAGGGGUCCGCAGUUCUGAUAACCUUCCUUAUAAGGGAACUCCAUUCAGUUUGGAAAACACCCUUUUUUUAAUGACUAGCAGCUCACGUGUUGGUCAGCUUGUCCAAUGCAGAAGCCAGAAAACGGCAAACGACUGAAACUUUGAUCUUCUUAUCAGUAAUUCUUUUCAUAAUUGCAAUUGAAAUUUUGAAAGAUGAUUUAUUUUGAAAAUUGGUAAUAUGACAUCUGCCAGAAUUGGUGCAUUUACUGGGAUGCAAUCCACCAUCUUUCUCUGGGUCAUUGGGGAAAUAAUUGCGGGAUACCCACGAUCGUGCAGAUGUGGUGCAUCACUUAUUGUAGCUGUUGAUCAUCCUAAUCUUCAGUUUCCAGAAACAGGUGUGAUUUUACCUUCCAAUGACAGCUGCACCUUCGCCAACACUUAUGCAUAAAACAAUGUCGUUCCUCAUUGAGAAAUAUGCAACAUUCAGGCGAGCCGAUGUACACGCCUUUAUCAUGUUCUUGUCAUUACAGUACCUACAGAGAAAAGAGUUGUUAAGUAUCAAGAUAGACUAAUUUUUCCAUAGAUAGACCUAGGAAUUGAUAGACCUGUUUGUUGAAAUGUGUGAUUUAUUUAUGAUUUAGUUAACAUUCCAUGGUUUUAUUUUGUAGUUUAGUAUUUAUUACGGUAUAUGACAUAAUAAGCGCUCAGGGCACUCUUAAAAUAAGAAAUAGGAAUUAGAAAUAGAAUUUUGGUGAAUAAAAAACAAAACAGAGUUGAAAGAUCGUAAAUUUCGUCGUUUAUGCUGACAGCCUGAAUGAUACAAAAGAAAAGUCUGUGCGUAUUAUACACGAAAAACAUAUUUAUCAGAAUUGAAUUGCUUGUAGUUAAGGUAG